UCUCUCACAUUCUCUCUCCCUCUCUCUCUCUCUCUCUAUAAAUAUAUAUAUAUAUAUAUAUAAAUAUAUAUAUACGUAUAUGAAUACACGCAUCCAAGCCCCCACCUCACCCCUCAGAAAAGAGAGAGAAAAUAAAAGUGUAAUAUAUAGAGGUAGAGCGCAUCUUUGAAAAGAAAAAUAAUUUCUUUACAGAUAAUCAAUAUUCGGCAAAGUAUUCGAUUAUCUUUAUAUUGGGCAAGAAAUGGGAUUACGAGACAUCGGAGAGACGCUGCCGCCGGGUUUCAGGUUUUAUCCGAGCGACGAAGAGCUGGUUUGUCAUUAUCUUUACAAAAAAAUCACCAAUGAAGAAGUUCUUAGAGGCACUUUGGUCGAAAUCGACCUCCAUGUUUGCGAGCCAUGGCAGCUUCCUGACGUGGCCAAAUUGAACUCCAACGAGUGGUACUUUUUUAGCUUCCGAGAUCGCAAGUACGCCACCGGCUUCAGAACCAACCGCGCCACCGUCUCCGGCUAUUGGAAGGCCACCGGAAAAGAUCGCACGGUGCUCGAUCCUCGCACCAAGGCCGUCGUCGGGAUGAGGAAGACUUUGGUUUUUUACAAAAAUAGGGCUCCUAAUGGCACCAAAACUGGAUGGAUCAUGCACGAGUUUCGCCUUGAAAACCCACAUGUCCCACCCAAGGAAGAUUGGGUACUAUGCAGAGUGUUCCACAAAUCAAGAAGUGAAAAUAGUAACAAUUUCAAUUUCGACGAUCCCUCGGUUUUAGCCACUUCUCCUAAUUUGGCAACAAACAAUGAAGUGCGUCUCAACAUUACACAUCAAAAUAUCAUCACUUCAUUCCAAUCCCAGCAAGGCGGCCCUAACCCUAACCCUAGCACCUCCCUCGGCCUCGAUUUCGACCUAUCUCGUCACCAUCACUUGCCUUACUGCUCGGCCUCUCAUGACUACAGCCACAACAAAAUGGCUGAGGCUACAAAGAAUGAGGAUGACUACGGAUUCUUGUUCGAUUUUGAUGGCCCCAACGCGGUUGAAGAUAUGCGGUUUGUUGAUGAUAGUAGCUCGGUUUUCAUCUAAGUUUGUGGGAUUUCAUCACUUCAUUAUUGGGAUAUCUUCUUAUAUAUAUAUGUAUGCAUAUGUGAUGUAGGCCUGUUUAGGAGGGAGAUUAGUGAGUAUGUGUUUGUAGUUAGUGAUGUGUGAUAAAGAUUGUGUUUGAUUUGUAUAUUGAAAAGGAAAUUGUUUUUUAGGUGGUAUAGUAUAUGUGGUAGUUUCAGAAUUAAUAAUUGAAUUGGACACCAAUGCAUGCAAAGGAUUCAAUUGUCUCCA